AUGGCAUACACAGGAUCAACUUCAAACUAUCAAGCAAUAUAUACUGGCAGUACAAGAAGUGGUUCUUCGCAGCAACAACAACAAGCACAACAUAUUUAUGAAGAACAGCCACAUUAUGUUAAUGAACGUCCUAUUUCCAGACAAAAUUUCGGUGGAGAUGAUCGACGAAGUGAAAAGAUAUUAUCAGAUAUACGAACACUCAAUUAUUAG